CCGUAAGUGGCGACUAUGGGCAGACUGGGUUAUUGGACCCUGCUGGUGCUGCCGGCCCUUCUGGUCUGGCGCGGUCCGGCGCAGGGCACGGCGGCGGAGAAGGGUCCCCCGGCACUAAACAUUGCGGUGCUGCUGGGUCACAGCCACGACGUGACGGAGCGCGAACUGAGAAACCUGUGGGGCCCCGAGCAGGCAGCAGAGCUGCCCCUGGACGUGAACGUGGUAGCCCUGCUGAUGAACCGCACAGACCCCAAGAGCCUCAUCACACAUGUGUGCGACCUUAUGUCUGGGGCGCGCAUCCAUGGCCUUGUCUUUGGGGACGACACCGACCAGGAGGCCGUGGCUCAGAUGCUGGAUUUUAUCUCUUCACAGACUUUCAUCCCCAUCCUGGGCAUCCACGGGGGCGCAUCUAUGAUCAUGGCUGACAAGGAUCCGACGUCAACCUUCUUCCAGUUUGGAGCGUCCAUCCAGCAACAAGCCACGGUCAUGCUGAAGAUCAUGCAGGAUUACGACUGGCACGUCUUCUCCCUGGUGACCACCAUCUUCCCUGGGUACAGAGACUUCAUCAGCUUCAUCAAGACCACCGUGGACAACAGCUUUGUGGGUUGGGACAUGCAGAACGUGAUCACCUUGGACACUUCCUUUGAGGAUGCAAAGACGCAGGUCCAGUUGAAGAAGAUCCACUCUUCUGUCAUCCUGCUCUACUGUUCCAAAGAUGAGGCUGUCCUUAUCCUGAGUGAGGCCCGCUCCCUGGGCCUCACUGGCUAUGAUUUCUUCUGGAUCAUCCCCAGCUUGGUUUCUGGGAACACAGAGCUCAUCCCAAAGGAGUUUCCAUCAGGACUCAUUUCAGUCUCCUACGACGACUGGGACUACAGCCUGGAGGCAAGGGUGAGGGAUGGCCUGGGCAUCCUCACCACUGCUGCAUAUUCCAUGUUGGAGAAGUUCUCCUACAUCCCCGAGGCCAAGACCAGCUGCUACGGGCAGACGGAGAAGCCGGAGGCCCCACCACACACCCUGCACCAAUUUAUGAUCAACGUGACAUGGGAUGGCAAAGACUUGUCCUUCACUGAGGAAGGCUAUCAGGUGCAUCCCAGGCUGGUGGUGAUUGUGCUGAACAAGGACCGAGAAUGGGAAAAGGUGGGAAAGUGGGAGAACCAGACGCUGAGCCUGAGGCACGCCGUGUGGCCGAGGUACAAAUCCUUUUCAGACUGUGAGCCGGAUGACAACCAUCUGAGCAUCGUCACCCUGGAGGAGGCCCCCUUUGUCAUCGUGGAAGACAUAGACCCGCUGACCGAGACGUGCGUGAGGAACACCGUGCCAUGUCGGAAGUUCGUCAAAAUCAACAAUUCAACCAAUGAGGGCAUGAAUGUUAAGAAAUGCUGCAAGGGUUUCUGCAUCGAUAUCCUGAAGAAGCUUUCUCGCACUGUGAAGUUCACCUAUGACCUUUACCUGGUGACUAACGGGAAGCAUGGCAAGAAAGUCAACAACGUAUGGAACGGGAUGAUCGGUGAAGUGGUCUACCAACGGGCGGUCAUGGCAGUCGGCUCACUCACCAUCAAUGAGGAGCGCUCAGAAGUGGUGGACUUCUCCGUGCCCUUUGUGGAGACAGGGAUCAGUGUCAUGGUUUCGAGAAGCAACGGCACGGUCUCGCCUUCUGCUUUUCUAGAACCGUUCAGCGCCUCCGUCUGGGUGAUGAUGUUUGUGAUGCUGCUCAUUGUGUCUGCCAUCGCUGUUUUUGUCUUCGAGUACUUCAGUCCUGUUGGAUACAACAGAAACUUAGCCAAAGGGAAAGCACCCCACGGGCCUUCUUUUACGAUUGGAAAAGCUAUAUGGCUACUCUGGGGCCUGGUGUUCAACAACUCUGUGCCCGUGCAGAACCCCAAAGGGACCACCAGCAAGAUCAUGGUGUCCGUGUGGGCCUUCUUCGCUGUCAUAUUCCUGGCCAGCUACACAGCCAACCUGGCUGCUUUCAUGAUCCAGGAGGAAUUUGUGGACCAAGUGACCGGCCUCAGUGACAAAAAGUUUCAGAGACCUCACGACUAUUCCCCACCUUUCCGAUUUGGCACGGUGCCUAACGGCAGUACUGAGAGAAACAUUCGUAAUAACUACCCCUACAUGCAUCAGUACAUGACCAAAUUCAAUCAGAAGGGAGUGGAGGAUGCCUUGGUCAGCUUGAAAACAGGGAAACUGGAUGCUUUCAUCUAUGAUGCGGCGGUCUUGAAUUACAAGGCUGGGAGGGAUGAAGGCUGCAAGCUGGUGACCAUCGGGAGUGGGUACAUCUUUGCCACAACUGGUUACGGAAUUGCCCUCCAGAAGGGCUCCCCUUGGAAGAGGCAGAUUGACCUGGCCCUGCUCCAGUUUGUGGGUGAUGGCGAGAUGGAGGAGCUGGAGACACUGUGGCUCACAGGGAUCUGCCACAACGAGAAGAACGAGGUGAUGAGCAGUCAGCUGGACAUCGACAACAUGGCCGGCGUGUUCUACAUGCUGGCGGCCGCCAUGGCCCUCAGCCUCAUCACCUUCAUCUGGGAGCACCUCUUCUACUGGAAGCUGCGCUUCUGCUUCACCGGCGUGUGCUCCGACCGGCCGGGGCUGCUCUUCUCCAUCAGCAGGGGCAUUUACAGCUGCAUCCAUGGAGUGCACAUCGAGGAGAAGAAGAAGUCUCCAGACUUCAACCUGACCGGAUCCCAGAGCAACAUGUUAAAACUCCUCCGGUCAGCCAAAAACAUCUCCGACAUGUCCAACGUGAACUCCUCAAGAAUGGAUUCCCCCAAAAGGGCUGCUGACUUCAUCCAAAGAGGUUCCCUCAUCAUGGACAUGGUUUCCGAUAAGGGAAAUUUGGUCUAUUCAGACAACAGAUCCUUUCAGGGGAAAGACAACAUUUUUGGGGACAACAUGAAUGAGCUGCAGACGUUCGUGGCCAACAGACACAAGGACAACCUCAAUAACUACGUGUUCCAGGGACAGCACCCCCUUACUCUCAAUGAGUCUAACCCCAACACGGUGGAGGUGGCCGUGAGCACAGAGUCCAAAGCGAACUCCAGGCCCCGGCAGCUUUGGAAGAAAUCCAUGGAAUCACUGCGCCAAGAUUCCCUGAGCCAGAACCCAGUGUCCCAGAGGGACGAGGGAGCAGUGGAAAAUAGGACCCACUCCCUCAAGAGUCCCCGGUACCUUCCGGAAGAGGUGGCCCACUCGGACAUCUCAGAAACUUCAAGCCGGGCCACGUGCCACAGAGAGCCUGACAACAGUAAGAACCACAAGACCAAGGACAACUUCAAAAGGUCCGUGGCCUCCAAAUACCCCAAGGACUGCAGCGAGGUCGAGCGCUCCUAUCUGAAAACCAAAGCGAGCUCCCCCAGGGACAAGAUCUACACCAUCGAUGGCGAGAAGGAACCUAGUUUCCACCUGGACCCACCCCAGUUUGUUGAAAACAUGGCCUUGCCCGAGAACGUGGACUUCCCAGACACCUACCAGGACCCCAGCGAAAACUUCCGCAAGGGGGACCCCGCGCUGCCCACGAACAGGAACCCCCUGCACAAUGAGGAUGCGCUCCCCAACAAUGACAAACAUAAAUUCUACUCCAAGCACUUCACCCUGAAAGACAAGAGCUCCCCUCACAGCGAGGGCAGUGACCGGUACCGGCAGAACUCGACGCACUGCCGGAGCUGCCUGUCCAACCUGCCCACCUAUUCGGGCCACUUCACCGUGCGGUCCCCGUUCAAGUGCGAUGCCUGCCUGCGGAUGGGCAACCUCUACGACAUCGACGAAGACCAGAUGCUCCAGGAGACGGGGAGCCCGGCCGCCCAGGAGGAGGUCUACCAGCAGGACUGGGCACAGAACAGCACCCUCCAGUUCCAGAAGAACAAGCUCAGGAUCAGCCGUCAGCACUCCUACGAUAACAUUGUCGACAAGCCCAGGGAGACCGACCUCAGCAGGCCCUCCAGGAGCAUCAGCCUCAAGGACCGGGAACGGCUUCUGGAGGGAAAUUUGUAUGGGAGUCUCUUUAGCGUCCCCUCCAGCAAACUCUCGGGGAACAAGAGCGCCCUCUUCCCCCAGGGUCUGGAGGACAGCAAGCGGAGCAAGUCCCUCUUGCCGGACCACACCUCCGAUAACCCUUUCCUCCGUUGCUAUGGGGACGACCGACGCUUAGUCAUCGGGAGAUGCCCCUCGGACCCUUACAAACACUCGCUGCCGUCCCAGGCCGUGAACGACAGCUACCUUCGAUCGUCCUUGAGGUCAACAGCAUCGUACUGCUCCAGGGACAGUCGAGGCCACAACGACGUGUACAUUUCGGAGCAUGUUAUGCCUUAUGCUGCAAAUAAGAACAGUAUGUACUCUACCCCCAGGGUUUUGAAUUCCUGCAGCAAUAGACGUGUGUACAAGAAAAUGCCUAGUAUUGAAUCUGAUGUUUAA